UGGCGAUUAUUUUCCUGCGGAGCUUUAUUGAUGUUGUCCAAUCGCAGUAGGAUGCGGAAGUGACGUGGUUUUGGUGUGUACCGGCUUCCGCUUUCCUCUUUGGAGGUCAGAGGAAGCCGGGUGUGUGCUCCAUGCUGCCCGUCCCGAGAGAUGCAGAAGUGACCUCCUGUGUGAAGUAACAUGGCCGCCCGACUUGUCCAGCGAUGUUCCCGCCUCCUGGCUGCCUCUACUGCCUAUGCACCCGCUACUCCCGCUCACAUCCAGGAAUGCAUUAAAGGGUUUCAUCCGGCUCAGCCUUUAAUCUCGUGCAGCUUCCUCCACAGCUCCAGCCUUUGCAGACACAUAGACAAAGUGGUGGCCAAAGAGCAGCCGGUCGGGUCAGUGCCGGAGCAUGGCAAGUUCGAAUCCCUGCUGGAGUCGCUGUCGAGUGUAGAGGAGUUGCUGCAGCUCGCAGCGGACCGGGAGAUCAGUAGCAAUCAGGCGGCGAUGAUCGUUACCCAGGUUUCCAAAAUAUUGAUUGAGUCCAAAGCCCAGCCGGACAGCACCGUGCAAGAUCAGCGCUUCCAACAGCUGCUUCUACAGACUCAUAACCAGCUCUCCACGAUCUGGAAUGGGAACCUGGUGUCCCUGCUGAAGAGACUGUACAUGUUGGGGAUAAAGGAAGAUAACCGGCAGUUGCAGGCAUUGGAGAAUGAGGUGCGGUGGCGAAUGCGAAGACUCAGCUUUAAGUCUCUAGUGCAACUGUCUGACAUGUACAUGACAUUUGACCGCACCCCGGAGCAGAAGCAACUUGUUAGUGACCUGGUGAAGAACUUGGAGCUGCGCUGGACAGAGAUUGAGGAUGCCAAAAGUGUGGUCACCUUAAUGACCAGGGUGGGCUUCAUCUCCAAGUCGUUGAUGGAAAAGCUGGAGGACAAGGCUUUAGAAUACGCAGAGCAUUUCACCCCUGAUGAGACAAGGAAGGUGGCGCUGGCUCUAGCAGCACAGAACCGUCGCUCUGUUGCCUUACUGAGAGCCCUGUCCUAUCACCUGGUACAGCGGCACUUUGCCCUGAGCCCUCCUGUAGUGGUCGACUUGGCUUAUGCCUAUGGAAAGCUGAACUUCCACCAGACACAAGUUUUCCAGAAGAUGGCUAGUGACCUUCUGCCCAAUGUGCCAGAAAUGAGUCCCAGUGACAUUUCCCGCUGCAUCAAGUCCUUUGCCUACCUCAAGUGGUCCAACCUGCCUCUGUUUGAAGCCUUUGCACAGACAAGCAUUGACCGGUGUGAGAAGUUUACUGUUCUUCAGUUGUGUAACCUUGUCCUGGCAUUUGGCCGCCUGAACUUCCAGCCCAGCAAGCAGGAGGAAUUCUACAACAUGGUGCACCAAAGGCUUCACACAGAGCUGGACUUGCUGAAUCCCUAUCUCCUAGUGGAUGUCGUAUGGUCACUGUGUGUCUUGCAACAGGUCAACUCAUCCUACAUCAGCAAAGUGCUGGAGCCGGAUUUCUGCAGCAAAUUCUUCACCGACGGCUCCCCUCGAUCUGCCAAUUACAGACUGAAACUGGCGCACAUUAAUGCCGCGGCACUCCUGGAGCAUCCGGAUUACACGGGAUCUCUCCUUCCCGUGGAAUCAAUAAGCGCAGCCCAAUCGGUUUCUGCCAACAGGAAGUUGUCUCCUCUGCAGAGCGGCCUACAGGAAGUGCUCCGGGAAGUGUUUCCUGUGGAGGGGACGUGCCGCUACGGAGUGGAUACAGUGUAUGGCUGGUAUAUUGAUGGUGAGGUUGUUGUAGACAGUGACAACAAGGCAUUACCCCUUACUGAUCUACAGACCCCAAACCUUCUGCAGUCUCAGGGGAAGAAGCCUUUGCCGGGGGGAGCACGGAGAUUUGCCUUCGUGGGCUGGGACUUCCCCAAUUUUAACUCUCGCAGUAAAGAUCUGCUGGGCCGCUUUGUGAUGACCCGACGACACCUGCAGGCUGCUGGCUACUUACUAGUGGAGUGUCUGUCUGUCCCUCCUGCAGGUGCCGUACUAUGAAUGGCUGGACCUCAAGUCUGAGUGGCAGAAAUCGGCCUACGUGAAGGACAAGAUAAACAAAGCUGUGGCGGAGGAGAUGGCCAGAUGAGCCCCGCGCUGCCCGGGAAGAGCGUAUUGUGUAAAUAGGGAUGUGUUUCGCCCCUGUACAGCUGAACGGGCAACUACAUGGGCACAUUGGGCCAUUAAUGCCAGAGAGGCCACCAAGGACUGGGACUGAAGGGCUGUAUAUAUAUAUUUUAUCAGAUUCUCUAUUUUAUUUGGGAGAGAGAGUGCUGGUUCCUUUGUGGGAACGAGUGGCUGUCUGACAUUCACAGCAGCAAUAAACAAAAAAGUAUAUAAAAAAGAAAAUAGAAAAACAGUAAAACAGAAAAACAAAACUGA